AUGGGUCUCGGCAGCGUCGUCCUCCGCAUCCUCGCCAAUGGCAUCCGCAUCCUCCAGUUCCUGGCCGGCGCCGUCAUGCUUGGCAUCUUCUCCUACUUCCUCGCCGUGCUGAGCAACCACCACUUGCCCAUCGCCCAAUGGAUUCGCGCCGUCGAGGGUCUCGCCGGUGCCGCCACACUUUAUGCCCUGCUCGGCUCAAUCUUCACCGUUUGUCUCGGCGGAAUUAUGUUUUUCGGCGUGCUGGGCAUGGUGCUCGAUGUGUGCUUUGUGGGUGCCUCCGUCGCGAUUGCCGUCAUGACCAGGCACGGAACGCAGACUUGUUCGGGCGAUGUUACGACGCCGUUGGGUAAUGGGCCGUCGGACUCGAAUGCGUCGGGUUAUGGAAGCAAUGGCUUCGGAUUCGGAAGCGGGGAGACCGUUACCUAUCUGCCUAAUUUGGGAUUGGCCUGUCGCUUGGAGAAGACUGUCUUUGCUGUCUCCAUCAUCUCGAUCUUCCUCUUUAUCGUCUCCUUCUUCCUGGCUAUCCCUAUGGUCCGCAGCCGACGCCGCGAGAAGCGUUUUGGUCCUUCUCCCGCCAACGGAUAUACUUCUGGCUCCACUCGUCGUCGCGGCUUCUGGCGUCGCAACAAGACUACCAAUCCUGACACCGCUGGCGCCGACACUCUUCCCGGUCACCCUACUCCCGGUGAAGUCGAGACUGGCUACAAGCCUGAGACUGCGGGCUACAACGCUCGCUACUAG